AUGCGAUUUAGAGAUAAAGAUACUUUGUUUGCAUUCUACAAAGAACAUGCACGACUGAGAGGGUUCUCCGUCAUCAAAAGAAAUUCCAACAAGAAGCGUGGUGACACUGUCGGGUAUAUAACCUACUGUUGUGAUAGGACUAGGAUUCGCAAAAUUAAGUUUACCACUAAGAGUAACAAUUGUAAAGCUAGGCUAGCUGCUAUUUUGGAUGAUUCUGGUUGUUGGCGCGUCUCUAAGGUCGUUCACGAUCACAAUCAUGAUUUUCUCCCAUCCGUAUCGCGCCUGAUGGCUGGACAUAGGCCUGUUUGUGAUUCUUUGAAGAGGGAUCUUGUAGCUCACGAUCGAUCUGGCAUUAGACCCUCCAAGAAUAUUAGAUUUGCUAAGGUUCAACGUGGUGGACCACAAAAUUUGGGUUGCACUCCAAAGGAUUGUAGAAAUUAUAUUUUGAAGAGUAGGAAUUUUGAAAUGCAAGAAGGGGAUGCACAGUCGCUGCUCACUUUUUUCAUGAAAUCCAGCUUUGAUACAACGUACCUUGUGAAUCGAUAUAAUAUGCCAUAUGCUUCAUUUGUUGGCAUCAAUCACCAUAGACAGUCCAUCUUACUAGGAUAUGCUCUCAUGUCUCAUGAAGAUUUUGAUAGUUACAAAUUAGUUUUUAGGACUUGUCUUGAUGCCAUGGGAAAUGUUCAUCCAGAUGCGAUCAUAACUAAUCAGUGUCAGAGCAUUAAGGUAGCCAUUGCUGAAGUGAUGCCAAAUACAAUACAUAGGUAUUGUAUUUGGCAUAUAUUCUCAAAGUUGCCUGUUUACUUAAGUGGUGUUCGUCCUUCUAAAAUUGCAGAUGUAGAAUUUAAAUCCAUGGUCCUUGACAGCAUUACUGUUGAAGUUUUUGAGAGAAAAUGCAUAGAAUAUAUUGCAAGGUCAAAUGGCUUUCAAAUUGUGUGCGAGUCAAUGUUCAAGUGGGAGCAACAAGCAAUUCAGUGUUAUACGCGUACAAUGCAUGAAUUUUUCAAGACACAGCUAAGGAAAUUGUAUCAUUGUGAAGUCAGUAGCCCCGACGAUCAUCAAGUUGUCCCCGAUAUUGAGAAAUUCAUUGUUAGUGAUUAUUCAGUUAUAACAAAAAAUGAUGGAAAUCCAGUUGAGUACACUGUUGAAUAUAUACCUAUCGGCGAAUAUUUUAGUUGCAGCUGCAAAUGGUUCGAGUCUAGAGGGAUACUUUGUUGCCAUAUACUCAAGAUCUUGUCGCACAAGAAGAUUGAUAAAAUUGAUGAAAGGUAUAUACUGACAAGGUGGAGAAGCGAUGUUAUUAAGCCACACUUGAAUCGGAUCCAUCAAGUUGGUUACCCAACCAUGACGCAUGAGUAUAAAACAUAUAGGAGCAUGUUGAAGUAUUUUGACAUGGCUUGUGAUAUAACACUGGGCACUAGCGUGAAGAUUCAAUAUGUUAAGCAUAAUUUGAAAAAGAUGGUGCAUGAUCUUCAAAACUGGGACACCGAAAUGAUCGUGCCAAACCAAGACCAGGAUGACUCAGAUGAAACUGAAGGCAUAACUCUACGAGAUCCCCAGUACACUAAUUCACGUGGCAGACCGCGUUUGAAUCAAUAUAGAGGAAGAAUUGAAUACUACUUUACAAGUUCACAGCCGCGUGGUGUAUUUGGAGCUAGUAAUGGUGCAAGAAUUGGUGUUAGAGGGGGUGGAGGGGGUGGUGGCAGGGUUGGUGUCUAUCAUGGUGGUAGAGGUGGUGGACAUAGAGGUAGGGGUAAUGGGCAAGGCAGAGGUACAAACGUUGAUUAUGAUGGUUCCCUAGGCGUGAAUGAGCAAAUUGACGCUACACAAUCACAAUCAAGCUUGUUUGAUCUCAAUGCCGAACCAGACAUGGAAAUAUAA